CUCCAACCCAACCACCAACUCAUCAUCUCCCACUUCUCUCGAGCAAUUGACCUUUGUGCUUGCUCACUCUCACAUCCCGUACCUUUUUGCCCUUCUCUUUGCCUUUGAUUAGCCCAUCCGCCACAAUGUCCAAGGGCAAGGUUUGUCUCGCCUACAGCGGUGGCCUCGACACCAGCUGUAUCCUCGCCUACCUCCUCGAGGAGGGCUACGAGGUCGUCUGCUUCAUGGCCGAUGUUGGUCAGGAAGAGGACUUCGAGGCCGCCAAGGCCAAGGCCACCAAGAUCGGUGCCUCCAAGGUCUACGUUGAGGACCUGCGUCGCGAAUUCGUCGAGGAGCUCUGCUUCCCCGCCGUUCAGGCGAACGCCAUCUACGAGAACGUCUACUUGCUCGGCACUUCCCUCGCCCGCCCUGUGAUUGCCCGCGCUCAGAUCGCCGUUGCACAGAAGGAGGGCUGCUUCGCCGUCUCCCACGGCUGCACUGGCAAGGGCAACGACCAGGUCCGCUUCGAGCUCGCCUUCUACGCUCUCCAGCCCAACAUCAAGGUCAUUGCUCCGUGGAGGGACCAGGUCUUCUACAAGCGCUUCGCUGGUCGCCAGGAUCUGCUUGACUAUGCUGCUGAGAAGAACAUUCCCGUCACCAGCACCAAGUCCAAGCCCUGGUCCAUGGACGAGAACCUGGCACACUGCUCUUACGAGGCGGGCAUCCUCGAGGACCCCAACACCACUCCUCCCGAGGACAUGUGGAAGCUCACUGUGGACCCCAUGAAGGCCCCCGACACCCCCGAGGACUUCACCCUCUUCUUCGAGAAGGGUCUGCCCAAGAAGCUUGUGUACAAGGAGGAGGGCAACGAGAAGACUGUCACGGACCCCGUUGACCUGUUCCUGACUGCCAACGCCAUCGCCAGGAGGCACGGUGUCGGCCGUAUCGACAUUGUCGAGAACCGUUUCAUCGGUCUGAAGUCCCGUGGCUGCUACGAGACCCCCGGUCUCACCAUGCUGAGGGCGGCGCACGUUGACCUUGAGGGUCUCGUCAUGGACCGUGAGGUUCGCGCUCUCCGUGACCAGUUUGUCACUUUCAACUACGCUAAGAUCCUUUACAACGGUCUCUACUUCUCUCCUGAGCGCGAGUACCUUGAGGACUCCAUCGUCUCCUCCCAGAAGCACGUCAACGGCCAGGUCCGCUGCCGUGCCUACAAGGGCACUUUCAGCGUUCUCGGCCGCUGGUCCGACACCGAGAAGCUGUACGACAUGAGUGAGUCGUCCAUGGACGAGAUUGGCGACUUCGAGCCUAGCGACACCACUGGCUUCAUCAGCGUCCAGGCCAUCCGCCUGAAGAAGUACGGCAAGAAGAAGGAGGAGUCGGGUGAGAGCCUUGUCAAGUCUGCUUAAAUAAGGACAUGUCUAUUUUCUUAGGAGAUGAUUGUAUGACGGAUUUAUUGGUUUGAUGCAAAUGGGCGCAGGUCACUUGUACGUAUAGAGCCUCUAGGACAAAAAAGGGGACGGAAUAAAGGUAUCGGAAUUUUUUUGGCACGUCAUAAAGCCUCCCUGGCGGCGAUAACCGUUAACCCCGCUAUGACGAACGUCGUCGACGGCCAC